AUGCAGUACGCCAAGAUUCUCGCCCUUGCGGUCUUCAUGACCGGCGUCGCAGCCAUUCCUCUCGAGAAAUUCACUCGCGCCUGUGCCUACACCUGUGGUACAGUCUGCUACACCAGCAGCGCCGUCAGCGCCGCCCAGGCUGCAGGUUACAAGCUUGAGGCAGCUGGCAAGGCUGAUGACUCGUACCCCCACGUUUACCACGAUUACGAAGGCUUCGACUUCCCCGUCGACGGAACAUACUAUGAGUUCCCUAUCUUGAAAUCUGGGUCGGUUUAUACCGGUGGAUCUCCGGGUGCGGACCGUGUUAUCUUCAAUGGAGAUGAUGAGCUCGCUGGUGUCAUUACGCACACUGGGGCUUCUGGAGAUGAUUUUGUUGCCUGUACUUAA